UGACACUCAAGAAAUGCUUGUCUCCUGCUGUUGAUAAUAACCUCAGAGUACUAUGGAUCAUGCUGAAGAAAAUGAAAUCCCUGCAGCAACCCAGAAGUACUAUGUGGAAAGACCCAUCUUUAGUCACCCAGUGCUCCAGGAAAGACUGCACAAGAAGGACAAGGUUUCAGAUUCCAUUGGGGACAAGCUGAAACAGGCAUUCACAUGUACUCCUAAGAAAAUAAGAAAUAUCAUUUAUAUGUUCCUACCCAUAACGAAGUGGUUGCCAGCAUACAAGUUCAAGGAAUAUGUGCUGGGUGACUUGGUAUCUGGCAUCAGCACGGGUGUGCUUCAGCUUCCUCAAGGUCUAGCCUUUGCAAUGUUGGCAGCGGUUCCGCCAGUGUUUGGUCUGUACUCUUCGUUUUAUCCUGUUAUCAUGUACUGUUUCCUGGGAACCUCCAGACAUAUAUCCAUAGGUCCGUUUGCAGUUAUUAGUCUCAUGAUUGGUGGUGUGGCUGUUCGAUUAGUACCAGAUGAUAUAGUCAUUCCGGGAGGAGUAAAUACAACCAAUGGUACAGAAGCAAGAGAUGCCUUGAGAGUGAAAGUCGCCAUGUCUGUGACCUUACUUUCAGGAAUCAUUCAGUUUUGCCUAGGUGUUUGUAGGUUUGGAUUCGUAGCCAUCUAUCUCACAGAGCCCCUGGUCCGGGGGUUUACCACCGCGGCAGCUGUUCACGUCUUCACCUCCAUGUUAAAGUACCUGUUUGGAGUUAAAACAAAGCGGUACAGUGGAAUCUUUUCAGUGGUGUAUAGUACAGUUGCUGUGUUGCAGAAUGUUAAAAACCUCAACGUGUGUUCCCUAGGCGUCGGGCUGAUGGUUUUUGGUUUGCUGUUGGGUGGCAAAGAGUUUAAUGAGAGAUUUAAAGAAAAAUUGCCGGCACCCAUUCCUUUAGAGUUCUUUGCGGUGGUGAUGGGAACUGGCAUUUCAGCCGGGUUUAACUUGAAAGAAUCAUACAAUGUGGAUGUCGUUGGAACACUUCCUCUGGGGCUGCUACCUCCAGCCAAUCCGGACACCAGCCUCUUCCACCUUGUAUAUGUGGAUGCCAUUGCUAUAGCCAUCGUUGGAUUUUCAGUGACCAUCUCAAUGGCCAAGACCUUGGCAAAUAAACAUGGCUACCAGGUUGAUGGCAAUCAGGAACUCAUUGCGCUAGGACUGUGCAAUUCUAUUGGCUCACUCUUCCAGACUUUUUCAAUUUCAUGCUCCUUAUCUCGAAGCCUUGUUCAGGAGGGAACCGGAGGGAAGACUCAGCUUGCAGGAUGUUUGGCCUCGUUAAUGAUUCUGCUGGUCAUAUUAGCCACCGGAUUCCUUUUUGAAUCAUUACCCCAGGCUGUGCUGUCGGCCAUUGUGAUCGUCAACCUGAAAGGAAUGUUCAUGCAAUUCUCUGAUCUCCCCUUUUUCUGGAGAACCAGCAAAAUAGAGCUGACCAUCUGGCUGACCACUUUUGUUUCCUCUUUGUUCCUGGGAUUGGACUAUGGUUUGAUUACGGCUGUGAUCAUUGCACUGUUGACUGUGAUUUACAGGACACAGAGUCCAAGCUACAAAGUCCUUGGGCAGCUUCCUGAUACGGAUGUGUAUAUCGAUAUAGAUGCAUAUGAGGAGGUAAAAGAAAUUCCUGGAAUAAAAAUAUUCCAAAUAAAUGCUCCUAUUUAUUAUGCAAAUAGUGACUUGUACAGCAAUGCACUUAAAAGGAAGACUGGUGUGAACCCAGCACUCAUAAUGGGAGCAAGAAGAAAGGCCAUGAGGAAGUAUGCUAAGGAAGUUGGAAAUGCAAAUAUGGCCAAUGCAACUGUUGUCAAAGCGGAUGCAGAAGUGGAUGGAGAAGAUGGCACCAAGCCUGAAGAAAAUGAUGAUGAAGUAAAAUAUCCCCCAAUUGUUAUCAAGAGCACAUUUCCUGAGGAAAUGCAACGAUUCCUGCCCCCAGGGGAUAAUGUACACACUAUCAUUCUGGAUUUUACGCAAGUCAAUUUUAUUGAUUCUGUCGGUGUGAAAACUGUAGCAGGGAUUGUAAAAGAAUAUGGAGAUGUCGGCAUUUAUGUGUAUUUAGCAGGCUGCAGUGCACAAGUUGUGAAUGAUCUCACUCGAAAUCGAUUUUUUGAAAAUCCUGCCUUAAUGGAGCUUCUGUUCCACAGCAUUCAUGAUGCAGUUUUAGGCAGCCAACUUCGAGAGGCGCUUGCUGAACAGGAGGCCUCGGCUCUCCCUCCCCAGGAAGACUUGGAGCCCAACGACACUGCGGAGGCUUAG